AUGGUGCCACCAAUUACCAAUGUUACAUGCGACUGGCACAUCAUCGAGAACUGUCCGGCACAGAUUGAUACCGAAGUCAAUGGUGACAUAGGGCUUUCGUCAAUCCAUGUGGUUGGAGAUCGGACAGUAGCAGGUACGUUCUUCAGCGCCAAGGGAGUGGCCGACAUGGUAGGUGUUGUAAACACACAGACCGUCUACAAUUCUAUACCAAAUGAAUACCGGGUGAAAAUCAGAAUCAACAACUCCUGGUUUGUUUACCUCGACACCACGGGGCUCAUGAUGUACCUCAUGUCAUCUAAGCGCGGACGUCAGACUGCGUAUUUCCAGUUGAUUAUGAGCAUCGUCGCAGCCUACUCUACAAGUGACGUUGCAAAGAUCCAGGAUCUCGUAAAGCCCGUACUUCAGGUGACUCUGGGGUCCAGAGGCAUCUCAACGAUCGAUAGCGGUAUCUACAUGAUAUGCAUUGGUAAAGUCCGAGACCUCAAGCACCUCUGUACGACACUGCCAGCGAGCUGCUCUGAUGACGACGAUGUCUAUAAAUAUGGCAAGUCCGACAACAUCCACCGUCGAAUGGGCGAGCAUAGUGUCUCAUUUAAGGAUGCUGAUCUCAAAUAUGCCGUGUACAUUGCGUCGCACCUGACCAGUACAGCGGAGCGGGCAGUCUCUUCACUGAUCAGUAGUCACUCGGCAGCGACGAGGUUCCCAAUGAACAAGCACCGCGAGAUUUUCUCCGUGCCUGCCGCAAUGGCAAAAUCGCUGCUUGACGAGGUUGUCCACGUUUGUCGCCAAGUCUCGGCUGGUGGACUCGCGGAAGAGCAGCGGCUGGUGGCUGAGUUGGAACGAGUUAAAGAGGGAAUCGUCGCAGACAACAAGCUGUAUGAAAAGACGCGUGCCACGGAGGCCAAGUACGCCAGUCAGUUGACAGACAUGGCGGCGCGUGAAAACGAAGGUCUGCGUUCGGCCUUACGUACUUCGGAAGAAGCACGUAAGGCUGCAGAGGAUGCACGCUUAGACUUGAGUCAGAAACUCACGUCGACACAAGCACAGCUCAUUGAGCUUGCCAUGCUGGCUCCGGCGCGCAAGCGAGUUAGAAGAGCCUAG